AGUUGGCUAGCGACAAGCCGGACGUUCCAUUCCAAAUUACCGUUGCAACCACCUUGAGCACUAUUCGCUUAUUCUCCAGUUGCUAUGCCCUGGGUCUCCAGCUUGAACAGCACUGCACCGAAAGAACUGAUGGCUGAUCUCAAAGGCUCUCUUGCACCAUCCACAUCUUUCACAGUUGACAGAGAAUGGCCAUUGAACGGUUUACCGGACGACCUCCUCCUUCUCAUUCUGAGCUUCACGGAAGUGAUGGAUAUUAUACGACUACGACAGACAUGCAAACGUAUGUACAAGCUCACCAAACUACGCUGGGUCUGGUCUACUGCAAUCAGGCGCCUUGUUAACGAGAAGAGGCUAACCGUACCUGCACUGAAUCACGACACCAAAGCCUUCUCCGUUAAGCACUUCGAGACACGUGCCGUACAUGCUGUGAAGUUCCACGAGAACUGGCAUUCCCCUCAGCCCUCGCCGCGGCAUAGAAUCCGAAUACAGACCUUGGAUAGCGCAAUCAAGAAAGUCUUCUUUCUACCCGGGAGAAAGGGAGAGAUACUAGUUACAGUUACAAAUAGGACGAUUGCUUGUUGGGAGGUUCCUCUGAUGGGUUCCGAAGGGUUUUGCAUUGCGAAGCUUGUUUCACCUGCAGACAUAUACGAUGUCGUAAUCAAUGAAGUCCCCACACAUGACACCCAGAUAGUCUUCAACCAUAGGGCACCACCCGGGUCAUCAGAUUGCACCGUGAUUACUUGCCAUCUGGAUGAAUUUCAUGGCAGAAUAGUCAUGCUUCGCAGGUUCAGUAUGCCUUAUGGCGUUGGAUUUUCCCUGUAUACUUUGCGCGGCAACUGGCUUGUAUCAGGCUCUAUGCCAUAUGUUGUAAAUGUAGUGGCUGAAGACAAGCCUGCAAUGCCAUUGAGUAACUUGGAAGAUGAUACUAUCCUCGCUGUCAAACUUGUUGGCAAAUAUGCUUUCAUAGUCGCCACAAAGAACUUCCAACUCACACAAUUCGAAAGCAAUAAUGGGGAGAAACCGUCUGUGAAGAUCCUCCUGGGUGGCACGUUCCGAUCACCACUACGGGGUGCCACGAUAUGGGCCCAAAGAACGACCGACGUGAAGGGUCCUAACAACUCGAUGGCAGAAGCAGUUUCAUUAGUGUUGCGAUGUGCUGACGACGGAUUCGAGACGAUCAAGCAACUAGAUUGGCUGUACGAUCCAAAUCACAAGUCUAGUCCGAGUCGCGUACCUUUCCUUCCACCGAAAACAUACACACGCACCAUGAUGACCGCACCAUCAUCGUGCAAUCUCGUUGUUGGUAUGAACGGGAAGGGCGUAUUCUUUGAAACAAAGACAAUUACCACCUCAACUAGGUCUUCGUAUACUGCGCGAUGUAUAGGAGGAUUCGAGCUGGUGAGAACGGAGGGGAGACCAGUACAACGAGGAAAACUUGAGAGCGGUUCGCCUAGCAAGAUUUGGCAUCCCCCAUGUGGACCGCCGAAUUUUGUGGAGUGCAAGAAGGAGAUCUAUUCUCGGCGCUGCGAUAUGGGCGAGAUAUUGUACAGAAGGUACUCACUGACUUCGGUCGCUUUGGAGGAUAUGGUUGGUCGGAUAGCGGUAGGUGACAGAAAUGGCGUAGUGGAGGUCCUGGAGUAUGCGUAAGAUCUAUUUUUGUUUGGACUGUUCACCACGAUAAUGCGGCCUACUAUCUGGAUCAUCUUAUCGGUUAGUAACUGUUCAAUUUCCAGGAUUACUUCGACCUUGUUCGUUCUUAGUUGUACUUUUCACGUAGCAAUCGAACGGAAUAUCAUACAGAGCUAAGCAGUGACCUGG